AUGAUUGCCAACGAUGGUCUCCAGCUUUUUGCGUACUUCUCAGAGGAUCUUGGUGGUAGUACCAAAUCGACCAUUCCUCACGAUUGGCCUGUCGAAAAAUGCAUCUACACCUUCAGUCCAAUGGGAAUGUGUCGAUUCAAAGAUUCGGAUUCGGAUUUCGACUGUUAUAGAGGUCGAGGUAUGGAUAUUCCCAGUAUGCUUGUGCUCGACAUAGGAACUCAGGUUGGGUUGAUUGGAGAAGUUGAAAAUCCACAAGAGUUUGGCGAAAACACUCAAGAACUAUACCAGGCUGCAAUUAAAGAAAUCAAUCGAGUCAUCAGACAAAUUCAACAAUCUGAAGAUUCGGCAAACUUGGACUCCAGCAAGGUCCUGGUGAUGCUCCAGUUGGAAAAGAUUAGUGAGCUUUCCCUUGCAAUCCAGACAUUGUGGCUCGUGGCUGCCUUUAAUUUUCUUGCAGUUGUUCUCAUGGACUUGCUUUCUUUUAUUUUCAACGGAAACGCAAGAAGAGUCUUUGAGGUAAUGAGCCUCAUACUCCAGGGAUCUCUCUUUGUCCUUUUGCUUAUACUUCUCUUUGGACAUGGAGUGGGCUCGCCUUUCAUCGAGGCAUACUUACUCUUGGAAUUACAACUGUCCUUCUUGCGUUCCAUACGCUCUUGA